AUGGUGCAUUGGAUUAUAUUAGACUUCCCGCUCCGUUCGAUCGCAAUUUGCAUUGGCUUUGAUGCAUUUUUUUUCUUUUUAUGGGAUCCUACUUCUUCUUGGUAUUACGUUGUUUCGUUUGCGCUUUACUUGAUUACGGUCGUCUUGGUUCUCUUUUUGAUAGUACACUACGAAGAAAGGAUCAGAGUAUAUGACGAAAAGCUAGAAAAAUUUGUUAUUCCUGAAUUUAUAGACAAUAGGCCGUUUAAGGAAAAAAGUUUUGGACAAAGAGAUGCAGUGUUAGCAGUUAUGUUAAGAAAUGUGAAUACCAAAUUCGUUUCCGAAACGAAAAUAAAAUAUACUUUUAAGAACACAGAACAAUUAGUAAAUUUUCACGAUACACUUAUUGCAGGAUUUCUGAAAAGGUAUCUUGAAACAUAUAAAGACUUGCCACUAGAAGACAUUCAAGGAUGGGAUAGAAUGUUGUUGGUUGCUAAAAACGUUCAAGACGAAGAUUUGAAGGACGUGUACGGAAAUUUGGUUUCAUCCGACAUAGUACAUAAAUAUAGCAAUAUUCGACCCGCUAUUCGAGGCAAUGGUAUGCUCAGACCGAAGAAUUUAUAA